AUGCAAGUCGUCAUUGCGUUUGUCUUUGCCUUGUUAGGGCUCUUGCAGCUAGCAGCUUCUACAGAGACUUCGCAGAGACCGAGUGUACUGACAGGUGCACCAUCUGUACGACUUCGUGUCAUGAUGAAACGUGAAAAGAUGAGGUUGCACGGGACCUUGUCCUUUGACGUCUACGCGACUCCAGUCAUAUCUGCAAAUGGUGCGAGUGUCCUCUACGACGGAUAUGCCACGUUUCUUGACAACGGGUCGGAGAUUACGUACACUCUUGCAAAUGGCGCUGCUUACCUAACGACCAAAGACACUAGCGGUGUCGAGACGGUUGGAUGUCUCUCGCCUAAUGCACUACCGUUUGACAGGAUUUUGCCCGCGUUGAAUGACGUUUCGCGAAUUCCAAGUGCAUCCAUUGGCGAGGAAGCAGUCAAAUGUCCAGAAGGGAAUUUGUUCAAGACGUCGUUCGUUGGCGUGCACUACGCCAUCUGCGUGUCUGGCGAAGCCGGAUUCACGGCAUUCAGCAGUGACUUGGACAUUGCUGUCGAGUAUCUCGACCGACAGGAGCGUAUUCAAGAACCAAAGCUAUCCGAUGGAAGAAGCUCAUGCAAACCUGUCGCACCAGCCACACUGAUGACACCAACCGCUUUAUCUCUGAUGCGUGGGAGUAAUUUGAUGUCAAGUACGACAAGAGGUCUAAAGGCAGAGUCUCACAUGGCCAUGCAGGCGACCGAGUGUCAACAAACGUCAAAACGUCGCCCUUGCAUCAUAUUUCAUGGUCUCGGUAACCCGCACGAAAGAACCGAAUUGCAGAACACGCCGGACUUGGUCCGUGAUAGGAUAGGCAAUAUCAACGCCCCGUUUUGCUCUUCAGUCAAGUAUGCUGUAAUCAACACCGCCGACGUCGGAUGGAGGGACGACAUGUUGCAACAGAAAUACUGCAACUUCUCGCUCUCCCUGAGCGCUUCGAGUGACGUAGCUGCUGGGAUUAUUGACAACGCGAUCAUUGUGACCCAUUCGAUGGGCGGCCUCGUGAUGGCUAGUGCAUUGGCAAAUGGAAAGUGCUCAUUCUCACCGAACACGUCGUGGGUAUCGCUCAGUCCACCAAUGGGUGGUAGCAUGACUUCGGAUUACAUGUUAGAUGUCUGCGGGGGGAAAAAAGAUGCCAUCGCUGAAGGACUAUUUGGAUUGCUUGGCCAGUGUCCACUGAUGCCUUCCCGCGGGACGACAGUCUACCAAGGCGAGAAGUACAGCACUCCAGCCAUUAACGAAGCGUAUGCAGCGGCGCAAAAAGCUUAUCGUGACAAUGUGGCAGCUGCAAUAUGCAGCGACAGCUACUAUGGCGUCUUUUCGAAAUACCAAGCCCCCUCCGUUAUUGCAGCCAAGGUCGUCUCUCACAAAUCCAGCAAAAACGACGGCCUCGUAGAGUAUCGUAGCUGUUUGGGUGGUCUCGACGAUGCCAUCUUUGGGGACCAUUACCUGAAUCGAUUCUACCGAUCAAAGCUGAACCACGCGGACACGGCAUUCAUGACGGGUGACGGUAUCUUUAAGGACUCACAGAAACCCACGAAAUGGUUCCAGUGUCUAGCGCUUUAG